ACCUUUGCCAUCGCCCCCCACUCUCCCCAUCCUCUUUUCUCCUCCUCAGCCUCGUCUUCUCUUCGUCUCGCUCCACCUCACCCACUCACUCCUAUUCUCGCUCCCAUCCUUGCUCCCGUUCUCGCUCUCUCCCGCUCUAGCCUGUUUCCUCAGACAAGGCACGCACACUCGCCCGCUCACUCACUCAGGACUCGAUGGCACCGAAACAAAAGGCAUCCGACGCAGGAUCCUCGACCUCCACUGGAGCCAAGUCUUCCAACAACAACCCGCACGACCGCCAGGGAAACUCUGAACGGGGACACGGUGGACACAGCAAUGGAAACGCAGUUUUGGAACGUGCUGGCUCAGGAGUAGGAAACGACCGCUCCUCCUCAGGAACAGGACACGGUGAGAAAGGAUCCAGUUUGACAGUCAGCAGUGGAACCGCCAAACGGAAAGCAGAGGCACCACUUAUCACUGUCGACUUUGCGGAUAUGGAUAUCUCAGCAUUACGCCGGUAUUGCCGGCUAAACAAGCUGAAACCAAAGUCAAAGGCACGCGACGACCUCGUUACUGCUGCGACCAAGCACUGGAACUCGGUCAAUGCCAAAGAACUCGACAGCGUCGCCUACUUCCUCUUUGCAGUCAAGCAUCGUCAUAAUGUGUUGAAAUUGACCAUGCCCCUGCCAUGAUACCUCAUCAAGUCGUGGCAGAGGACAGCAGUGUCAUUAAUUUUUAAUGGUCACUUGCUACAUAAUAAACUCUAUCAUUUGCGUGGACUGGUGCGAGACACAGACUGAAGCGAGGCACAUAGUAUAAAAGUAUUCGUUUUGACAACAGUUUAUUGUUCAUUGUAAAUAAUAUCAACUACAUUAAACAAAAGACAGC